AUGGCGGUCGCCAAAAGGACUGUGGAGCUUUUCUAUGACGUUAUCUCUCCGUAUUCGUGGUUUGGAUUCGAGGUAAAUCUAUAUUUCUGUAUGAAAGAGGACUUACUAGUAGUUCUAAAAAGAUUUUACUCCAAGAUAUCAACAGUAUAACAAGUAUGAGGCUUGGGCCAUCCAUGCAUUUUAAUAUACAUCCCCUCCCCCUCCCCCCCUUAUAAAGAAGUAUUUAAAAAAUUUGAAAGAACAACUGAAGCAAGAUUUCCUUAUAGCCCCAUCCAUUGAUUACACAUACAACUAUUGUUCAAAGAAAACAAAAGUCAGAAAAUUUGAUGUCAAGGGGGUGGAAGGAAAAAUUACAGAACAGCCCGUCAUGACUUUCUCUAAGGGAUCGGACUCGAGCUCUAUAGAGACAUUCCAUUUUAUAUACAAUCCCCCCCCCCCCCCGUUGACCAAAAGUAAAAAAUGGAAUUUCUGAAGGUUGCAGGACUGAAGACCAGAUUUUCUAGAUAAGUAGCAGAUCGAAAAGCAAAAAAUUCUGAAGCUAUAAUUUUAUAAGACUCAUACGGCAAACUUUUCGAGGGGCUUUGGGGGGAAAAGAGCGUUUUUCUGAUGGCUAAGAAAAUAUCAAAGUGCUUCAUCAAGAGCGGGGAAGGGGCUAGGGGUGGGGGGUUGGUGUAUGUUAAAUGGAAUACUAAUAUACAUAUAAUAUACAUAAUAAAAUUUCUCAGAAUUGUCGCAUAGAUGAGCAUAUGUCAAGCAAGUUAAUAAGAAAAAAUAUUGUGCCAGAGUCCGCCCUGCAUAUUCUGUUAAUUUCUCUGCACUUGACUGACCUGAAAAGGGACUGCUGGAAGUUAUUGGUUAUUAAUGCAGCUAUCCCUGGUAAUUUCCUUCAGGUCCUAUGUCGCUAUCGAUCAAGAUGGAAUUUAGACUUGCAGUUUCGGCCUUUUUAUCUUGCUGGAGUCAUGGGAGCAUCCGGUAAAUCCACAUAUAACAGUACUUUACAUUUUCUUUCAAUUUGUUUUUAAACUCAUGUACAUUUUAAAUACCCAAACAGUAGUUCUUGUACGUGUAGUAUACCACUUGUUAUGUUGCAAAAAUAAACAGAACUUAAUAUUAUAAUAUUUUAAGAAGUUGAGCACAUCACUCAAAUCUUUUAGAGUAAUAAUAAUUCCCAGAAUAAGAGCAGUUCCACCAAAUGGACCUGUUCGCUCAGAAUGCAGAGGAAAGAUAAUGUCAGUGCAGCUGUGGCUUCUCAAAAUUUACGACAAAUUUUGGGGGCAGGUUGAAAUCCUCAUUAUUUGAUAAAUUUUUACUUAUUAACUGACUGCUGUAAAAAAAAACAAAAUCAUUGUAAAAUAAAAUAUAAGAACCACAAUGUGUGGUAUUUUCUCUAUAAAUGUGUCACUUUAUUGGUUUACUUAAUUUCAUAAUUUUAAUGGCGGUUUCAUUAAAAUAUCCAGGAAAGUUACGGAUGGGUGUUUGUUGUUAAUUCUAGCUUUUAUUUCUUUUGGUAGGAAACAAGCCUCCUGGAUUGGUGCCAGCCAAAGCAAUGUAUAUGACAAGAGACCUUGAAAGAUUGAGAGAUUUUUAUCAAAUUCCUUUCAACCAUCCUUCUGUAAGUCUGUCUGUUGAGUGGCAGGGAAGUGGGCUUGGAAAUUGAUGAUAAUAUAUUUCUUUGCAAUUCAGUCUUUGGUUGCAUUGCUGAUCAAAAACAAUUAAUAUUAUUAUUAUUACUAUGUGUACUUUUCAGACUCUAAAUGUAUUUGUGAUUUUUGAACCAUUAGAGUUUAAGUAUGUUCUUUGUGUAAUAUGCAUAAUAUUUGUUUCCACCCACAGUAAGGUACUUUAGUUAAAUCGGUUAUCCUUGACAUACUUGCCAACUAUGAUUUUAUAUUGAAGAUAUGGUUGUUGUUGUUGUUGUUGUUUUUUUUCUCAUAGGAUCCUGCUAAUGUCAUGUUUGUAAAAGGUAAAUUAACAACUUGUGAAGCUUUUGUUUAUAAAUAUUAAGGAAUUGUGUCUGUUGUUUUACUGAGCUGGACUAUGACAAGUAAGCGUCUCCUAUUAAUUAUUGAUAAUACAUCACAUCACAUUUUUCUUUUCCCUAGGUUCUCUAUCUGCCAUGCGUCUUGUCACAGCAGCGAGCAAGGAUCAUCCAGAGCUUGUUGAAAAUCUUAGUCGGGAAUUUUGGAUGCGUGCCUGGUCCAGGGUGAGAGAAUGAACGUUAAUCCCCACCAUAAACCACAUACAAAUUCUCCUAUAAACUGAUCUCUACACAUUUCCAUAAAGAAUUAGUUGAGGAAGUUGGAUAAAAGAUCAUAGCAUUUUCCCUGUGGUGAUUAUUUUAUUAAUUCUCACAAUCUUUUCUCUUGAUUCUGUAUUGAUGUUGUUGAGGAGAAAAUUGAGGUUGAUCACUUUGGGGACUUAAAGGGUUAAAAUAAUGAGUAGUAAACUCAAAACCCAGAGUUUUCCUACCAUGCAAUCAUAUGAUUAAGUGUGUAAAAAG